GCUGCGGCUGCCGCAGCGCGUCUCGCCGCUGCCCGAACCGCUGCAGUCGGCGCUGCGCGCGCCGCCAGCCCAGCGCAACCCGAGCCCAUUCCAGCACCUGGGCGUGGCGCCGGCGGCCGGGCCCCACCGCGUGCCCUCGCCGCAGGAGAUGCGCAUCCACACGCAGAACAUCUUGCAGCAGGCGCUCAUCAAGCGCAAGCUCGAGGAGCAGAAGGAGAACUUCCGCAAGCGCCAGGAGAACAGGGAGAAGUCGCCGCUGCUGGACGGCGGUGUCCCGGACGGCGACCGCCGCCGGCCGCCCAACACCACGCCAGCCUCGCUGGCCUUCACGCCGACGGCCGUGCUGCGUAACAUGAAGGCCGAGGCGCGCGGCUCGCCCGAGCACAGGCCCAAAGGUCGUCCGCUGGUCAAGACCAACCCGGACGGCCCGCACAUGUCCGUGUCGGCCGGCAACAUCCAGUCGGUGGCGGCCAAGCUGCUGGAGACGCAGGCCCAGCUGCAGCAGCAGCAGCACCAGCAUCAACACCAGCACCACCAGCAGCAGCAGCCGUGGCUGCGCGCGGCCGCACCGGCCGGCCACCCGCCGCCUUUGGCCUCCAACCCGCUGGCCCGCUGGUUCAGCCCCGAGGUGCUGGCCAGUGCGCGCGCCGCCCAGCUGCCCGACCUGCCGGCCUCGGCCCAGCAGCGCGUGCUUAGCGUGGAGGAGCUGGAGCGCCACCAGGUGCUGAACUAGAGGGCGCGCUGGCUCCUCCGGCGAGUGUCGCGCUGCCGGCCGCGCCAAUACAACCAUGUGAUAGGGGGCUCGGCCGGGAGGGCGCGCCGCGCCAGUCGCGGCCGGACGGGGCGACGGACCGCCGACUGACCGGCCGGCGCUCCGGCCCCGGCUCCCCCACUGUACAAACGUGUUCCGUGUCGGCGUGCGCGUGUGCUGUUGCGGUCGGCGAGCAGACUGGCGAGAAGGUGCGACGGGUGAGUCUGGACACGGUGGAUACGCCCGGCGAGUGGUGUCUGUUCGGGCGACAGUGCGCGUGCGAGUGCUCCAAGCUAGUGUGUGAGAACUGACGGCGCGCCAAGUGUGAUGCGCGUUACCCGCAGGGUAAGCACGCAUUUAAGUGUAAGUAGCGUUGUAAGCGUAUGUAGGCGGGCUGGGCGGGCCGACGCUGUUGAUAGUUAGCAGCCGUGGGAGCUGGGACGACGUCCGGCGAUCGGUAGCCGUAGGCGAUGUAACUGUACCCAGGUUGACGUUACGCUAGUCGCUAGCAGUGAGACAACUAGGGGUGGGGCCGGCGCGGCCGGUCGGCGGCGGACCGCGCGCCACGCGGCGGGCCGCCGCCAGCCGCGUGUCGGCCCCGGGGCUGCGGUGCGGGGCGUCGAGCCGGUCUCCAGACCGCGCCUGGCCGCCGGGCCGCGCAACCAAAUGUGAUAUUAAAGGCGUGCAAAUCCAGCAACGUUUCUUUCUGGUGUACCUAGCGGGGCGGCGGGCCGGCCGCCCGCCCCGUCCCGCCUCGUUUACCCGGACGUGUAUUUAUUUGGGUCGGUGCCGAGUCGAACCCGUUGAGUUACUGUUUCGUGUGCGCGUGCGUGUCGGCGGGGCGGGGCGGGCGGCGGGCCCGGUCGCGGCCGCGUCGUGCUCAGUGUCAGUGGUGAGGUGGCGACGGUGGGCCGCGGCGAGCGCCGGCGGCGCGCGGGCCGCGCGCCGCCGGCGGCGGACGGCCGCACCGCCCUGUACAUAGGCCGCCGGCCGGCGAGAAGUGAACGCCGGCCGGCGGCGCGGACGGAGGCGCGGCAGCUGUGGCUCUCAGUGUCGGCUUGUCGGUGUUCGGCGGUGCCGGGAGCACCCCGCGCAUGCGCGCACGGGCGCCGCGGCCGCUCUGAUUCACCUCCGUUCGUUUCGGCGUCUUUGGGUGUAUAUGAUUAACCGAGUUUUCUGUGGUUUUUUGUACUGAGUUCUUUUCAUGAUCAGAUUAUAAAUAAAUAAAUCUUUAUUGCUA